UGACAGAAGCAUGCCCAAAAUUGAGGUUAUAGUAAAUAUUUACAAAUAAAGCGCUAUUCUGGUUUUUUGCUAUCUAAUCAGUGUUUUCGAUAAAACAAACCUCUUACGUAACGUUAUCCGUUAACUUUUCCUUCUGGCUGUAGCUGUGCGCAUUAGGGAGACGAUGAGCUUUAAAAUGCAUACUGGUGACCUGAUCCCCCUUUUGGGUUACGGAACCUACAUGAUAGAUGGAUACGAAAACACUCUAAAAAUCCUGGAUCAGGCCUUAGCAGUGGGCUACCGACUAUUUGACACAGCCAAAAUGUACCACAAUGAGUCCGAAAUAGGCAGAGCCCUGAAACAGCUGCUUCCCAAGCACAACCUUCAAAGAAAGGACGUUUUCAUCACUACCAAGCUUUUGCCAAGCGAUCAUGGCGCAAAAGCCUACCAGGCAAUCAAAGAGUCACUUGCGAAACUGGAUUGUGACUAUAUCGAUCUGUACUUGAUCCAUUGGCCGGGAACUUACGGGGGCAGUUCGUCCAAACAGCCCCAAACCCGAGCUGAAAGUUGGAGGCAAUUGAUCAAGGCUCAGAAAGAGGGGCUGGUUAAGAACAUCGGCGUUUCCAACUACACAGUGCGGCAUCUGAAUGAGUUAUCCACUGUGUGUGAAGGCGUUUUACCUGCAGUGAAUCAAAUUGAAUGGCAUCCAUACUAUCACCCCUUUGAUGUAUUGGAGUUUUGCAAAGCAAAUGGAAUUCUCGUGCAGGCCUACAUGCCUUUGGGCUCGGGAAGUCGCAAUUUACUCAACGAUCCAGAAGUGAGAAAGGUGGCAGAGCAACUGGGGAAAACAAACGGCCAAGUGAUCCUGAAAUGGUCGCUACAACAAGGAGUAGGAGUGAUACCGAAGGCGGCCAGCAAGUUGCACAUGGAGGAGAAUUCCCAGCUGGAUUUCACGCUACCUGAAGAAGCCAUGAAGACACUGAGCAAUUUGAAGAAACACGUAAAAUACGACUGGGAUCCAGAGGGAGUGAAUUGAAAGGGACAAAUCAGACACUAAAAUCGCAAAUCUGAACGUCUAUUGGUAAUAAAAUAAAAAAUGUACACGUAAGCUAUAAUUUGUACAUACAUAUAUAAAUAUAUAAAAAUGAGCAAAA